GACGACAGGGCGGAAAGGCUUGUCCAUGUCAGUGGAUUUUCAGCGACAAAGAUGAUGUUUCCGAGGUUCAUUCGUCGGUCCAAGAACUUGUGCUGAGAAGACACCGAUGUCUGAUAUGUCAACCGUUCUCUCAGACGCAGGCUGUUCUUGGAUCCAGUAGAAGCCACAGUCAUGUACUCCGAGUGGAGGUCUCUGCACCUGGUGGUCCAGAACGACCAGGGCAACGUGAGUGUCCUGCACUCCUACCCGGCGCCGGUGGGACGGGAUGUGGCCAACGCCGUGGUCCGGCCCCUGGGAGCCAGCCUGGGGGGCUCCUCGUCCGAGAGCUUUCUAAAGACAGAUAAAGAGGUGAAAUGGACUAUGGAGGUGCUGUGCUACGGCUUGACCCUGCCUCUGGACGGUGACACGGUGAAGCUCUGCGUGGACGUCUACACAGACUGGAUCAUGGCCCUGGUGUCCCCGCGAGACUCCAUACCUCAGCCCAUCAUCAAAGAGCCCAACCUCUAUGUCCAGACCAUUCUCAAGCACCUGCACAACCUCUUCUUGCCAAGGCCGGAGCACUACAGCCCGAUGCACUUCCGCUUGUGCCAGCAGGUGCUGUGUGCAGUCCAGAAGCUGGCGCGCGACUCCUCCUCCAUGGUGCGCGAGACCUGGGAAGUGUUGCUCCUCUUCCUGCUGCGCAUCAACGACAGCCUGCUCGCGCCGCCCACCGUAGGAGGUGGCAUUGCAGAGAAGCUGGCGGAGAAGCUGAUCAGCGUGCUGUUCGAGGUGUGGUUCCUGGCCUGCACGCGCUGCUUCCCCACGCCGCCCUACUGGAAGACGGCCAGGGAGAUGCUGGCCAACUGGAGGCACCAUCCGCCCGUGGUGGAGCAGUGGAGCAAGGUCAUCGCCGCCCUCACCUCCAGAUUAUUGCGGUUCACGUACGGCCCCUCGUUCCCGCCGUUCAAGGUCCCGGAGGAGGACGCCAACCUCAUCCCCUCCGAGAUGGACAACGACUGCGUGGCCCAGACAUGGUUUCGUUUCCUGCACAUGCUCAGUAACCCGGUGGACCUGAGCAACCCGGUGAUCGUGAGCUCCACGCCAAAGUUCCAGGAGCAGCUCCUGGGGGUGAGCGGGGUGCCCCAAGAGGUGGUGCAGCACCCCUGUCUCAAGCAGCUGCCCCAGAUCUUCUUCCGCGCCAUGAGGGGCAUCAGCUGCCUGGUGGACGCCUUCCUAGGUGUUGCGGUUUUUAAGAGACUCGAGCUCCAUGAAAAGCUGCCCUCCUAUGGGUUACAUGAGCUUUCUUCCACAGGAGCCUCCCUGUCUCGGGGCUAUAUACGGGACAGACUGCCCUCUUUAGGUGUCGCGGUGUCUAGGAACAAUUUUCGAGACAGGCUGCCAUCUUAUGGAAUAUCCCGCCCCCGUUCAGACAGUGCCCCUCCCACGCCUGUGAACAGGCUCAGCAUGCCUCCGGCCCCCACCACCACCAACACAACGCCACCGCACAGCCGCCGGCACCGCCCAACCGCCGUUACCAAGACCACCAGCAAGGCCUCAACGACGGGACAGUCCAAAGUGUCGCACCAGACCUCCUCCUCGUCAUCUCCUCUGUCCAGCCCCAACCAAACGAGCUCAGAGCCGCGACCCCUCCCCGCCCCGACAAGGCCUAAGGUCAACAGCGUCCUCAACCUGUUUGGCCAGUGGCUGUUUGACGCUGCGCUGGUCCACUGCAAACUCCACUCAAGCCUGAGUAGAGACAGCAGCAUGACUGCUCUAGCCACUCAGGCGGGGGUCGAGCUGAGGAGGAAAGGCUCUCAGAUGUCCACCGACACCAUGGUCUCCAACCCCAUGUUUGAUGCCAACGAGUUCCCCGACAACUACGAGUCCGGCAGGGCCGAGGCGUGCGGCACCCUGUGCCGCAUCUUCUGCAGCAAGAAGACCGGUGAGGAGAUUCUGCCCGUCUACUUGUCCAGGUUCUACAUGAUUCUGAUCCAGGGCCUCCAGAUAUCGGACUACAUCUGCCGGCCGGUCCUGGCUAGCAUCAUCCUCAACUCGUCUGCUCUGUUCUGCUCGGACCUGAAAGGCAUCAACGUGGUGGUGCCAUACUUCAUCUCGGCUCUGGAGAACAUCCUGCCGGACCGGGAGCUGUCCAAGUUCAAGUCGUACGUGAACCCCACGGAGCUGCGGCGAGCCUCCAUCCACAUCCUGCUCUCCAUGCUGCCCCUGCCCCACCACUUUGGCAACGUCAAGUCAGAGGUCCUGCUGGAAGGGAAAUUCAGUAAUGAUGACUCACUCCACGACAAGGCGGUCACCUUCCUGUCCCUCAAACUGCGAUUGGUCAAUAUUCUGAUUGGCGCGCUGCAGACGGAGACCGACCCAACCAACACACAGAUGAUUCUCGGGGCCAUGCUGAAUAUUGUGCAAGAUUCAGCUCUGCUAGAGUCAAUCGGUGCCCAAGCUGAAGUGGGCAGUUUGGAUGGCAGUCACUCCCUGGCUAAGAGCCACAGCAGAAACAACAGCGGCAUCAGCACCGCCAGCGCAGGCAGCUCGGAGGCCACCACGCCUGACAGCGAAAGACCCGCACAGGCUCUGCUCCGAGACUACGCUCUCCACACAGAUACAGCCAGCGGCCUCCUCAUCCGCAGCAUCCACCUGGUCACCCAGCGGCUCAACUCCCAGUGGCGGCCCGACAUGAGCAUCUCGCUGGCGGCCCUCGAGCUCCUCGCUGGCCUGGCCAAGGUGAGGGCGAGCGUGGAGUCGUCGGACAGGAAGCGCGCGGUGAGCUCGGUCUGCAGCUACAUCGUGUACCAGUGCAGUCGCCCGGCGCCGCUGCACUCCCGGGACCUGCACUCCAUGAUCGUGGCCGCCUUCCAGUGCCUGUGCGUCUGGCUCACCGAGCACCCGGACAUGCUCAACGAGAAGGACUGUCUGAUUGAGGUGCUCGAGAUCGUAGAGCUGGGCAUCUCUGGGAGUAAAUCCAAGACGGGCGAACAGGAAGUGAGGUACAAGGCUGACAAGGAGCACAACCCCGCCUCCAUGAGGGUGAAGGACGCAGCGGAGGCCACCCUGUCAUGCAUCAUGCAGGUGCUGGGGGCCUUCCCCUCCCCGAGUGGGCCUGCGUCCCCCUGCAGCCUGCUGAACGAGGAGACGCUGAUCAAGUACUCGCGCCUCACCUCCACCAGCCACAGCAACUUCCGCUACUUCGUCCUGGACAACUCCGUCAUCCUGGCCAUGUUGGAGCAGCCGCUGGGCAACGAGCAGACAGACCCGUGUCCCUCCGUCACCAUGCUCAUCCGUGGUAUGUCCGGUCGCCACGCCUGGACCAUGCAGCUCUUCCAUCAGCCGCGAGGAGCCAGGGCCAGCCAGAAGCAGGUGUUCGUCCCAGAGGCUCGGCCCACACCAAAGAACGACGUGGGCAUCCGCUUCAACGUCAAGCACAGGCCCUUCCCCGAGGAGGUGGACAAGAUCCCCUUCGUCAAGGCUGACCUCAGCAUCCCGGACCUGCACGACAUCGUGGACAAGGAGGCCGAGUGCUCCAGGAGGCGGAGCUCCACGCCACGGCACACAGAUCCUGCCCUGGAGCUGCAGCACGAGCGUCUGCGCGGGGUGAUGGGGAAGCAGACCGAGUACGAGUCGGCGCUGGAGCAGUACAGCGAGCAGCUCUGGAGGAACCGCAGCUUCCCCGACCCCGACUGCAAGCCGCCGCCCCCCUCCCAGGAGUUCCAGACCGCCCGCCUCUUCCUCUCCCACUUCGGCUUCCUCUCUCUGGAGGCACUCAAGGAGCCCGGAAACAGCCGGCUGCCUCCGCACCUCAUCGCCCUGGACUCCUCCCUGCCUGGCUUCUUUGACGACGUCGGUUACCUCGACCUGUUGCCGGGCCGACCGUGCGACACGGUGUUCAUCUUCUACAUGAAGGCGGGCCAGAAGAGCAGUCAGGAGAUUCUGAGGAACGUGGAGUCGUCGGCUAACGUGCAGAGGCACUUCCUGGAGCUGCUGAUGUCGCUGGGCUGGCCGGUGGAGGUGGGCCAGCACCCCGGCUGGACGGGCAGCGUCUACACCAGCUGGACCAUCAACACCACCGCAAACGGCACUGACCACAGCUUCACCGAUGAGUCAGACUCGCUGGGCGACACGGGCGGAGGCGCGUUCAACGGCGAGAGGCGUGUGCUCUACUACGCCGACGCGCUGACCGAGAUCGCCUUCGUGGUGCCGUGCCUGAGCGACUCGUCCGAGGAGUCCUCGGAGAACAGCUUCCCCACGGUGGACUCCGACUCCCAGUUGGAGCUCCUGCCCACUCUGCUGAAGCAGCCAAACCAACUCACGCUGGAGCUCUUUCCCAACCACUCCGACAACAUGGGGCCCACACAGCGGAGUCCUACGGUGAAGAGCAAAAAGACUCCCUCAGGCAGAUCCAUUCCUACUCUGGGGCCCGACACUAAAGUGCUGGUGGUUUGGGUGGAGCGUUUCGACGACAUAGAGAACUUCCCUCUGGGCGACCUACUGGCGGAGACUAGCACAGGGGUGGAGACCAACGUCAACAGCAGCACUUCCUGCAGGACCACGUUCUCAGAGAAAGACGUGCCUGUGAUCUUCAUCCACCCACUGAAGACGGGACUGUUCCGCAUCAAGCUGCACGGGGCCAUGGGCAAGUUCAGCAUGGUCAUCCCUCUGGUGGACGGCAUGGUGGUCAGCCGACGCUCGUUAGGGUUCCUGGUGCGUCAGACAGUGAUAAACGCCUGCAGGCGUAAGCGUCUGGAGAGCGACUCGUACAGUCCGCCCCACGUGCGCCGCAAGCAGAAGAUCGCCGACAUCGUCAACCGCUACCGCAACAAGCAGCUGGAGCCGGAGUUCUAUACCUCGCUCUUCCAGGAGGUCGGAGAGGGCAGCCUCGAUCCUUAACGCACACACACACACACAUUCACUACAAUCCUGGAAAAUGCAAAACAAGGACACACACACACCCAACCAAACACACACUCAAACACUCAUGAGCGAGCUCCAAUGCUGGAGAACAGGCCGUUUUGUUUCCGUUUUCACCUACUUUUCUCAUAUACAAACAGUACUGUACCUGUUGGAUUUUAUUGCUGUCAUUCUCUUACAUGAACACACACACACACACAGACACACACACACAAACUCACACAAACAUACAUACAAACACACACAGAGAGAGCGAGAGAUAGAGAGAGCCCAUUCUCCAAGCUGUUAAGUUUUAUUAAGAGUUUUUUUUUUCCUGCAAUGUCAUGUUCCAGACAUGACCCAGACUACUGUAUUUUAGUUGAUCUUUUCUUUUUUGCGUGUUUGUGUGUGCUAAUGAUGUCUUGUCAGAGAGAGAAGGAUAACUGUUAACACUACAAUCCAUCAACACGAGGUGCCAUCGACUGCGCUGUCUAGUGGACUGUUAUAACACGUGGGUUUAAUCUGAAAGCGUGACUGCUGCCAGCAUCACAGCCGUGUGUGUCUCUUUCAUUUCCUAACACGGAGAGACAGACACGUUUAUUUGUUUUUGUUUUGUUUUUGUUAUUUUUUCCUUCCUUGUUUUCCAUCAACCCAUGUGCCAGUAAACAUUGAACUCUUUAGUAGUGUAAGUCUUGUUGAUUUGGAUCUCAGGUAGUUUUGUUCCAUGUGUUGUUGUUGUUGUUGUGUGUUGGCACGUCAGCUUCAGCUUCAAGUGACUGUGCACUCCACUGGCCUGGCACUCGGCCUCUGAGGGCACCCUUCACCCUCUGGGUCUGAGGGCACCCUUCACCCUCUGGGUCUGUGGGCAUCCUUCAGCCUCUGGGCUCCAGGUCACAGGCUCCUCUUGCACUUACAAACAUGACUCUUUAUUUUUGCUUUGAAGACACUGACUGAUGACUGAUACCAGUGUUGCCAUUGUGGGUUUCUGUGGGGUUGAUCAGUUCUUUUUUUUGGUGCCAAGACUGAAACCUCAAGUAAGUUCUUCCAGUUCACUAGAACGAGUGGCAUGGUUUGUGGAGGGGAUAUCUAUAUUUACUGUAUGUGUUAAGCUUUUUUUUUCCCCUUUCACAUUUAUUUGGCUUAGGCUACAUCUAUAAAACCAUGAUUGGAUUCACAGUGAUUUCUGUCACAUUUCUCACAGCCAAGUGGCAUGAAUCAUUUCACUUUUUGUAUUAAUUAAUUAUCGUCUUUUUUAUUAUUUUUCCAUUUGACUUAUGAAGCAAUUUGAACCAAAUACAAAGGGCUUGAUUUCCCCCUGUUGUUUUCCCUUUUGUUCAUUUUCUGGACCUCUGGUUUAGCAGAACCACCGAUUAUUGGUCCAGACAUUUAUUUCAUCAUGUAGUUUCACUCAUUUUUUUUGUUUAUUUAUUGUUGUGGCCAUUUCAAGUGUCUGGUUGCACCCAGCUGUUGUCAAACUUCACUGUUGUCUAGUAUCCAUUUCAGCUGAUAGCACAUCGCAUUGUCGACAUUUCUGCACUAGCGACUGAAAGAGGAGACUUAGGAGGAAAAGAAAAGCUCCACCAUUACUGUACUCAGUCCUGAACGCUCAUACCCUUUUUUCUAAACUAUAACUUUGUUUUCAAAGUUCUCUACUUUUUAAAUACAAAAUGGUCUUUACGGUCCAUAAGGACUGAUUAGAGAGCUACGACUGAAUUUUUGAUGUCGAAAAAAAAAAAAAGACGAGCUGAAAUGUUGAAAUGCCAUGGAGGACCCCUAUGAGCUGGUCAUCUGACCGAAAGAAUUAUGUUUUGAGAAAGCAAAACCUCUAACAUAUCUGUCUAGGGGGUGUGUAUGGCUGUUUUAAAUACAAUUUAUUAUUAUUAAGCCACCUGCUUUAAUAUGAAUAAUGUUAUACACACAUUCUUUUGUCAUUUGUUUGAGAUGAUUUUUCUCUCUGCUGUUUUCUGUAAAUAUUGGAAGCAUCAUCUUGUAUAAAGUUGGAUGAUAUGUACAUAUGAAAGUGUGGAAGUUGAGUUCACUCAUCCGAUCUUUGCUCUUUAGGAAAGGCACAAAAAACGCUUGUUUGUAUUUAUGCCUAUUAUAUAUGUGUCCAAAAGAAACACAUUGAAUAUUGAAUGUAACACAUGUAAUGAAUAAAGAUUUUAAUUAACUUCUUAAA